AUUUUGUGAGCUACAGCAGAAGUUUUCACCAUUAAUCUGGUAAGUUUUGCGUCAAAACGACGCUCAUUCUUUCCAGUGUACUUCGUUUCUUCUUAAUUAAAAUCUUAUACAAGUUUUAGGGCGAAGAAAAUGAGUUUAGACCUUUUUAAAUUUUGUUUAUUCAUAGAUAAACGGCAGUUGAUUAAAGAGCUGAACGACUGAUACCCUCUCAUCAAUCAACAAAGGUAUUGCGAGGAACAAAAAGGAAAGCCAUGCCGUCUAAACUUACAGACUACGAUAUUCUUGGAGAAAUAGGCUCUGGUUCAUACGGAACGUGUAAAAAGAUACGCCGACGAAGCGAUAAAAAGGUAUCCUCUCUUCCACACUGCCAAAGAAUUUGAGGUAGCUUUUCUCCAGUUAGGUUGUGAUUCGGCUCAUAAUCUUUCUUGAAUCUGGCUAAUGGAAACAACGAUUUGCAAAAGUUUUGAAUGCGAAACUUGUGCAGAACACUUGUUUGAAUAGCAUGGUUAUCUUCAAACAUGCACUAGUCUAGCAACUAUCAGUUUUUACAACCAUCAUUAACGUUUGCACUAAACAUCUUUUGUGCUUUUUUUUUUAGAUUCUCGUUUGGAAAGAACUUGAUUAUGGAAAAAUGACAGAAAUUGAGAAACAAAUGCUAGUUUCAGAAGUGAAUCUUCUUCGAGAGUUGAAGCAUCCACACAUAGUUCGUUAUUAUGAUAGAAUUCUCGAUCGCUCCACCACAACUAUUUACAUCAUAAUGGAGUUUUGUGAGGGAGGUGACUUGGGAGCCUUAAUAGCCAAACAUAGAAAGGAGAAGUGAGUGAUAAUCUUGAUUUUAUUAGUUUCCUACUCCCAUAAAUGUGUAAAUGUUCAACGUCUCCUUGUGGUAUUCAUAAACAUCUUUGAAAUAUAACUGGUUAGCCCUUUAACUCCUAAGAUCUGAUUGUUAAUUCUCCCUUCUAGCUGCUACACAUUUCUUGUAUAUUACUUACAAGAAUUUGGUUGAUUGAUGUAUGGAUAUUUUAGGGAAAAGUUAUAUGUUAAUCACUUCUAGAAGUGAAAGGGUUUCAGAUAACUAUCAACUUUUAAACAGAAAACCAGGAAAUGCAUAAAAUUUCAGAGAUUGGAGAAUUCUCUGGCCUCUACACAGGAUUCUCCAGUUUUAUUUAGGUGGCUUGAGCUAUAUUUUACUCAGACAUGGGGAAAAACUUUACACUUUUCUCUUACUAGUACUACACUCUCAUAAGAAAGCCUUGCAAAUUUUUCUGCCAUUCACAGAAAUAACUAACAUACAAGGUCAGGAAUUAACUUGACACAAGAUUUAAAUAAUUGAAUUCUACAUACUUAUUCUAAGGAAUCUUUGCAUUUCAGAAUAAGCAAAAGCUACAGUAGCUAUCCAGUGCCCACUGGGAUAUAAAUAUUUGUCUGGAGAUUGAAAAUUAGCAAUGCAGAUGAGAUGAAUACAAGUUUUUUGUCAUUUAUUUAGGAGACUUAUUGAAGAAGAAUUCAUUAUUAAGAUCAUGUAUCAGCUGGUUGAGGCUCUUAAGGAAUGCCAUCGCAGAAAGAAUGGUGCUCAUGUCUUACAUAGAGAUCUUAAGCCAGCCAAUGUUUUCCUGGAUGGUAACAAUGAUGUGAAACUGGGAGAUUUUGGACUAGCAAGAGUACUUCAACAUGACACAAGCUUUGCAAAAACAUUUGUAGGGACACCAUACUACAUGUCACCAGUGAGUUGUUAACCACCUCUUUUUUUGUAUUAAUUUAUUACCAUAGAGCUAAUUGAUUUUUCUAUCCAAUUAGAAAGGUGUAUGUAAGUCAAGUUACCAGAAAAGUGCAUUUAAAUUUGUCGUGCGUUGGAAAAAAAAGCAGUUUGGCACUGGAUAAAAAUAUUAUGUACUCCACUCUUCAUAGGGGUGCAUUACAAUCAUUCAGUAUGUAGUGUUCUUUACAAAUGUUAAAACUUUACAGUCUUGUGAAUGCUGUUCCUCUUGACAGAGACUCAUUUAUGUUUUCCUUAUCAGGAGCAAGUCAACAAGCAAAGUUACAAUGAAAAAUCAGACAUAUGGUCACUUGGAUGUCUGGUCUACGAACUUUGUGCCUUGUCACCUCCCUUUACUGCUAUGAAUCAGAGGAGUCUGGAGGCAAAGAUAAGAGUAGGAAAGUUCCGCCCAAUCCCUGAACAGUACUCGCAAGAGUUGAGUGAAACUGUUAACUCCAUGCUGAGAGUAAAUGUAAGAAUGCUUCCAGUUGGUUUGUCACCCAGUAAUGAUACAUUUUCUGUGAAAUUAUCAACAAAAUGCUUGGCAAGAUUUAUUUUAUUUUAAUGAAUCUGGAUAUGCUCAUUUAGGAUGAUUAUCUUAAUGUACAAUCAACAGGAGGACCGCCGACCAUCAAUAGACAAACUUCUUUGCAGUCCACUUUUUCAGAGAUUUCACCGAGAACCAGAGCCAGAGUAAGUGUCUUUUUACUCAGCAAUGACCAUCUUCUAAUAUAAGGUUCACCCAUCCAGGUACUUUGUUCAUCUCCAUUUACACUUAAUUAUGCAAACAGUCUCAAUUAACUUUGUUGUUAAGCAUUUGAGUUUAGUAUAAUUAUUUUUGUGUUCAUGUCUUCAGUUUACUUGUUACCAAAAGUCUAUUUUUGAAAGUAAACAUAAGUAUGAUCAGUAUUUACAGGAGAGAAAAUGAAAGGUGCUACAGGGUUUAAUUUAUUAACUUUUUACAUUGUCUGUUAUUUUAUUUCAGAAAUGAUGGGAAGAAAAAUGAUUUUGAGUUUUGCAGGAGAUGGGAAAAACAACUGGCUGAGAAGCAAAAAGAGUUGGAAAGUAUGUUGACUUCAUAAAGUAUCUAAGAGAAUUUUUAAAUUUUUAUUCAUUACCAUUCAUUUAUCGUAAGAUAUCAAAUGCUGUCAUUAUAUUUUAAUGAAGUCAAACUAAAAGGUUUUUUUUUUCCACCAUGUAACCAUGCCUAGGAAGGGAAAAAAUGCUUCAAGAUAAAGAAAGAUCUUUGAGUGAAAGAGAAGAAAAAGUAACAAGGUAUGAUGUAGAGACAGCAUCUGAACUGGCAUUAUAAUGUUAGUCUUAGGCAUAGCCAUUCUACAAUUCCUUUUUCAUAUGAGUUCUGCCAGCUGGGUAGGCGAGGAUAAUCACUGUUCAAGUUGGAAAACUGAAUUGUAAAGCAAUGUGCAUUUAUUAUGUAAUUUGAUUUUGUUACAUUUUCUUCAAAAGACCAAGGCUGGGUUGUUCAUUUUGCUGGUUGGAUGCUGUGAAAAAGGAUAGAGGAAAUCAUACCAAAACAUUUUUGGAAAAAAUAGGGAAUAAAGAAACCCAGAUUAAACAAAGAUCUGACCUUAGUUUUGCACUUAAAUCUGCCUUUAAACACUGAGCCCAGAGAAAUAUCUCAACAGCUUUGAUGGUGAAGUUACAUAGAGGUGUUGCUUUUUGUUGACUGUGUAUUACUUUGACAACCUCAAAACUUGGUGGGACCCAAAAUUCAUUUUCAGUGGAUGAUUUUAUCAGAAAUUAUUUUCAAAACUUAUGAUCUUCCUUCUUCUUAUUCCACAGAGCUGAAACUACUCAGCGUUUUCUAGGCUUGCAAGCAGCAGUACCUCAUAUUCCAAAAAGGCCAUAUUUGUAUGGCAACUUAGCCAUGGAUAAAGAGAAUGAUGUCGUAAAUGUAAAGAGAAAAUUUACCCCUUUUGAUCCCGAAAACAGAGGCAGACUAUUCAAAGAUGACACAGGAGACUACUUUGGCUUUGAUCGACAAGUACCUGAGUUGGGAUUUAGACAUCCUAAUAUUCCAUUUGGAAAUGUUAGAACCACAAGAUUGUUGUCUGAUUACAGGUGAAGAUUACAGUGCCAUAAUACAAAUGUGAAAGUUGUAACUCAGGAACUUGAUCCUGCCCGUUCACUUAAAAUGUAAAGCAUUUAAGACAUUUUUUGUUACUGCCAGUUGUGGGGAAAACUGUCACUCUAGCAUUCCACAGUGUAUUAGAUAAAAUUGUAAAUAAUUAGAAGCUAU